AUGUCAUCAAAAAAACUUUGGGGCGAAAUGGAAGAAGAAGCUACCGACGAAACCUUACUACAAAAUGUUAACUUCAACCCCAUAAUCGAACUGGGUAUGCAAAACAUUCCCGAGAUACCAAUCACAGUGAAGUCUUCUCCAAUCGAAUUACCAACACCUAACUUAAUCACGCAUGCUAUACAACUCCACUCGUACGCAAGACGACUAUCUGCCAUAUUGGAACAAAACGAAAAUACAGUUUUCGACAGCGCACGAUUCGAUCCCCUAAGCCUGCCACCGUAUCCUCCCGAACCAGUUUUGAAAAAGGAACAUCCGACGAUACCACCAAUAAACUUCUCACAGAAACAUUACUGUGAUUUUGCAUGUGGUAAAGGAAACAUUAUAUUGCCUUUUACACCAGAAAGUCACAGACGGGCUUUGAGACAGUGCGCUGCUAUUGCUAUAGGACAAGUAGGAAUACCGACUUGUACAAAUACAGCCUUAGAUGGUGUCGCAGAUUUAUUAGACCACUACAUGACAAAUAUGUGCAAAUUACUCCGAACAGUUGUGGACAAAGAAGCGAGCGGAUUGAAAUCAGGAUUUGCCGAUGCUGUGUCCAAAGUUUUUUCAGAUUUAAAAGUCGGAAACUUGCAACAUUUUUAUGAAAAUCGUGUGGUAAGAUAUCAUGCUAGAUUGAAAAAAAGAAGUCAGGAUUUAAGAGAGCAGUGUGAGGCUAUGAGUGUAAGAGACAUCACUCCGCAGCUAAAACUUGAAGAGGUUCCAGAACUGCACUUUCCUGCAGCCCUUGAUGGUGCCUUCACUCCGUCACUAGAACCAGGAUUCCAGAUGCUUCACAGUUUAGAACAGGAACAGCUUCAAGGACUGGAUUUAUUGGAUGCUGUAGCGGAUGACAUAAAAAUGGAACCAAUGGAAUUUUCACAAUCUGAAACCACUAAAAUACCAUCACUAUCUCCUACUGCUAAGAAAAAAAGAAAAUAA